AAUGGAAGAUUUUGGCCUGAAAACACCCACAUCGUCUGACAAAGAGAAUUAUGAUCCUGAAUCUCCAAAUGAAAGUGAAGUGCUGCCAAAAACAGAUUAUGAAAAACCCACAAAGAAAGUCAGUUUUAGCGAUAAAGUGACUGAAGAAACAAUAGAAGAACCAGAAUUGAGCCCUGCUGCCAGUAGCAUUGCCAAAAAACUCAACGAGCAAUUUACGAUAUUACAAAUUUCCCGUCAAGAAACUAGCGAAGCUUUGAUAAAACUGAAGAAAAUUCUUGAAUUCGAAAUAGGAGGAGUAGUCAACAAAUUUAAACUGCAAUUGCAGCAAGUUUAUGAAGAAAAUUAUCAGGAAAUUGGCAAGGAAUUAGAAGUUGUCUCUGAGAAUAUGAGAAUAAUGAAUAAGAAAAAAGAGGAAUUACAAAGUGUUUUUUCCCAAUUAAACGAAUUGCGUGCAGAUAUGAAUAUUAUUCGAGAAGAAACGCUUUCAUCAUUCACCCGACCGGCUGAGUUUAUUGAGUUGAUUGAAAAUACACUGGAAGAACAAGAAAAUAGAGUGCAUUCGAUCUUUCAAGAUUUGAAGGAUAGGAGAGAGAUGGAUGAGAAAAAAUUUGAAGAACUUGAGAAAUUUGUUGAAAAUUUGAUACAACAAAUGCUUGAAGAAUUUGAAAAAGAAGUUAAUAAUCAACAAAGCUAUAUUGAUGAGCCAUUAGAGUUAGCAUUUGAAAAGUGCCAAAACCAGAUUGACAAAUUAAUUCAAGAAGAGCAAACUGGCGCUAAGCUAAAGAAAGGGUUUGAAAAUAUGUUUAAUAUAAAUUUGUAA